UUAGUUUUUCCUUUUUAUAUCCUACAUGUAUUUUUUGGUAUUUUUUAAGACAAAUCGAACAAAAAGUAUAUUUGUAGUACAUAUUUUGGUGUAUCAUGGUUUUUUAGAAUUUAUUUAUAGUUUAUUUUCGUUGAAAAGUUUCGGUCUAUACAGAAACUUGCUUGGUGAUCGUGAAAUGUGUAAAUGUGUAAAACAUGCCAAAAACAGUUUACAAACAAAACUUUCAUCGACAAGCAUCGAUUUCCUCAAAAAUAAAAUAACACCGCCUGAUGCAAAGAUUGAUGUCUUGAAAGAUGACUUGGAUGAAUUUGCUGUGUCUUCAUUAUAUAUGGGAUAUUUAUUUGAAAAGGAAAUUAAAGAGAAAAAUUAUAAUAAUGAAGUUAACGAAAUCAGAGAGAUGUGCAAGGAUUUUAUAAAGGAGCUAAUUAUCCAACUCAGAGAAAGACUUCCAGAUAAUUUUGAGCCAUUAGAAAAACUGCAAGUUUUUGCAGCAGAAAAUGUACUCAAACAUAAUAAAAAUCAUAAUGAUCUCAUUUCCAUAUUGGAACACUUUAACUAUAAGAAUAUAGAUGGAGUUCUUGCCCAAUAUGGCAAAAUUCAAUUAGUCCCUUGGCAAAGUACAGAUGACACGAUACAAUUUUGGUCAGAAGUACUGACUUAUAAAGAUGCUGGCAAAAACAAGCCUUUUGAAGAAAUCGCUUUAUUUGCCAUUGGCAUUUUAAGUCUACCGUGGUCAAAUGCUGCUAUUGAACGACCCCAUCAAAUGAAUAUUGUUAAGACCAAGCUAAGGAACAAAAUGACCGUUAAAUCCUUAAACUCAAUAUUAAAUAUAAUAUAUGGAUUGCGCCGUCAUGGAAAAUGUUGUCACAACUAUCAAUUACCGGAGAAAUAUUUAAAUUUAAUACGUUCCAGCGAUAAAUAUACCGAUUCAAGCAAUUGCGAAUUGGAUGAAAUAAUAACACAAUUAGAAAUGUAUAUAUCUAUGUGUUGUUUUAUUUUUAGCCUAUUUUUUAGCCUGUUUUUUACAAUUUUUAGCUUAUUCUAGCUUGUAUUUUUGUGAAAUCUAGCUUAUUUUGGCGCUCAAAAUCUGGCAACACUGCACGGGACGUGGUCGAAGUUGCUUUCUGACUGUCGUUAAGAGCAGACGAGUUUUUCUGGUGUC